CCAAGAUUUAGAGAGGACGUUGCGAUGUUUGGUCUCCAAGAAUAUAUCCCCUAUAUAUUAGCUUGUCUCACGUCUUGUGUUUGUGAAAUCAUUGUUUAAUGUCGGUUACCCUGUUUGUUGGCUCUAGUGUUGUCUGCGUUGGAUGUCUGUGUUUUUCCCAGAACCUCAUCCACUCUCCACACUUCCACUCAGCCACGAACACUUACCUUCGGCUCUAUUCCCCGCAGUUCCUGUGCCAUCCUCUCCUGCUGCCUACUCACCGUCAUCAUACAGACUACUCACCUUCUCUCCGCCAUCAUCCGGAUUCCUCACCUCCUCACCACCACUUCGGGGUGUCGUCUUCUUAGUCUGUUAACUCGUAUCUGUUUCCUGACUGUCCUUCACCCCACCGUCACAAGUGGUUGAACAAACUUCUCCAGGUUGAGAUGACAUCUGUUAUGAGAUGUAAAACAUCUAUCAAAAGCAUCACUAGAUUUAUUCUUAAAUAUUUUUGAUAAAGGUUUGGGAGUCAGGAAAGUGACCAGUUGACUGGAAGCAUGGGAUUAUAAUUCCAAUUGCAAAACCAGACAAGGAUUUUACGCAGUCAACUUACUACAGACCCAUAGCUUUGACAUCUAAUUUCUUCAAACUGAUGGGGGCGUAUGGUAAUGAGUAGACUGGUAUAUUUCACUGAGAAGAAACAUUUCUUAUCACCAUACCAAAGAGGAUUUAGAAAGGACGUAACAAAAUGGAUUCUGUGCUAAACUUGGAAUCUGAAAUUGUCAUGGGUGCGUACUGGACAGAGGACUCAGAUGCAGAGUAAAGAAAAAGGAGAAUCUUUAUUCUUGCCACAAAACACAAAAUAACAUAAAUAAUAACGAAAUGCUCUGGCGCACACAGAGAUCUCCGAGCUUGCCGGCACACUGCGGACCACUCACACUGCCGGAUCUCCGAAUUACGGAUCCUUUGACACAAGAACAGAAGGUGAGACUGAUACUGAGAAUAAUGCAAAACAUGGGCAAAGACAAAACAAUCUACUCACGACCACAGACAGAAAAGCAGAGACAUAUAAGGGAGUGGGGGAACGAGCGACAGGUGGGGAAGAAUCAGUUUGUGAUCUGCACAACCCCACCACAAUCAGCGCUGAUUGCCCAGACCACGAGCUACUGAACAGACAGGACAACACAGACCACAGGGGAAAUUGAGAUGGCACCCUGCACCGUGACAGAAAUAAGAUAGACAAGGAUUAACCGUGGUAACUAGGAUUUACACAAGCUCCAGUCUGGAUCCAGAACACCUGAGAAGAGAUGAUGCCAACCCCUCAGAAGACCUCAGAUGAUUCUAACCCUGAAAUAACAUAUUUAAAUGUUAUCAACAAAUGUUAAAUAUUGAUUAAUAAUGAAGACAAGACAACAAACAAAAACUGAGAAUGUAAUCAAGCUUGUCCCGCAGAAUCUUCUCAAGAAACGCAAGGCAUCCCAGGCUAUCAAAGCUACUCAAGCCAAACUUGCGUUACAGCAGAAGAGAAAAGUCCAAAAAGGAAAGUUUAAGCGCUUGGAGGACAUUUUGAAAAACAGCAAGAGGAGGAAUCAAGACGAAACAAGACUCGCCAGACUCAAACAAAGACCUCUGCCAGCCAUGCCCCCAGCAAAGAACAGCCUGGUGUUUGCUGUCCGCAUCAGAGAGGUCAAAGGCGUGAGCCCCAAAGUGAUGAAGGCCAUUCAGAUGCUGAGGCUGAGGAAGAUCUUUAGUGGCACCUUUGUGAAAGUCAGCAAGGCUUCAAUAAAAAUGCUUAAGACAGUGGAACCUUAUGUUGCUUGGGGGUAUCCCAAUUUGAAAUCAGUACGUGACCUCAUACUGAAACGAGGACUGGUGAGGAUUGACAAGAGAAGGAUUCCUCUAACUGACAAUACACUCAUAGAGCAGCAUCUCGGACAAUAUGGGAUCAUAUGUUUGGAGGACCUUAUUCAUGAGAUCUGUUCUGCUGGAAAGAACUUCAAGGUGGUAAACAACUUCCUGUGUCCGUUCAAUUUGUCAAUUCCAUGUCAUGCUGCUAAAGACAAAGUUGGACUGCUGAAAGAUGUUGGUGAUCCUGGACCCAGAGCUGAAGACAUAAACACAAUCAUCAGGAAACUCAAUUGAGCUAAAAGACUUUCAUGGAUUCCCAGGGCCGUUGCUAGUGGGGUGAAAGGUGGUGACUAUUAUAGGCGCAUUGGUGGGUAGAGUACCCAAAAACUGUACUCAAGUAAAA